GGGCAGGGUGGGGCGGGGCGGGAGCGCGGGGCAGCUGGAGCUCGGCGGCGGCGGCGGCGAAGGGACGGCUGUGGCGAGGAGAGGAGACGAGCAGCGGCAGCAGCAGCCAUGGCAGACCACGAAGCGGGGAUCGUGCCUAAGGCCCGGCGGGCGGAAGAUGAGUCUGAUAGUGGCCUUGGUUUGUGCGGAUGGAUCCUGGUCAUCACUUCACUUUUUUUCACUGUUAUUACAUUUCCUAUAUCAAUCUGGAUGUGCAUAAAGAUUAUAAAGGAAUACGAGCGAGCCAUCAUAUUCAGACUUGGACGCAUCUUAAAAGGGGGAGCAAAGGGACCAGGUUUGUUUUUUGUCCUGCCCUGCACAGACAGCUUCAUCAAAGUCGAUAUGAGGACCAUCUCUUUUGAUAUUCCUCCCCAAGAGAUCUUGACUAAGGAUUCUGUGACAGUUAAUGUAGACGGAGUGGUUUACUACAGAGUUCAGAAUGCCACCCUGGCUGUAGCAAACAUCACAAAUGCUGACUCGGCCACCCGUCUUUUAGCACAGACUACUUUGAGGAAUGUUCUGGGGACCAAAAACCUUUCUCAGAUUCUCUCUGAUCGUGAAGAAAUUGCACACAGCAUGCAGGCCACACUUGAUGAGGCAACAGAUGAUUGGGGCAUUAAGGUGGAACGUGUGGAGAUCAAGGAUGUGAAAUUACCUGUCCAGAUGCAGAGAGCAAUGGCUGCAGAAGCAGAAGCUGCCCGGGAGGCGAGAGCUAAGGUGAUUGCAGCUGAGGGUGAAAUGAAUGCUUCCAGGGCCCUGAAAGAGGCAUCCAUGGUUAUUACAGAGUCCCCGGCUGCUCUUCAGCUUCGUUACUUGCAGACCUUGACCACCAUUGCUGCGGAAAAGAACUCCACCAUCGUCUUCCCACUGCCCAUAAAUAUGCUGCAGGGCCUCUUAGGUGAAAAUCGCUAGGUAGAGCAGGAGGAGAGAGCUGGGGUGGGCGCUUUUUUUUUUUUUUUUGCUACAGCGAAUGUUUGCAACACUGAACUCCCUGGGUAUUGUAGCUUAUGGCGGUGUUAAAGUGGAUUUGCUGGAGAACCUCUGUUGUUAUACUAAGUGUGUCUAUAAGACUUAUAUGUAAUGUUUGUGAAAAUGGACAAUCAAAAUUAUUUAAAAUUGAAAACCUCCCAAAAUGAGUACAAUCACAUUGUGAUCUUAAAUAAGCAUGUAUCCACACUGUCCUGGAUGGACACCUUCCAUCUCUAACCUCCCAGUUUCAAAUAGUAUAUAAAAGCGUUUGUAGUAAAGAUGAGGUGACCCAACACUUGGGCAGAGAAGUGUUCCUUUUAACCAGUGUGUCUGGGCAAGGGAAGUGGAGGAGCCCUGACUGUGUUCUCUGGGAGUGUAGCUCUGUGUGAUGAAGUCAUCCCAUUGACGUCGUGUGGAUUGGUUCUCUAGCUCACACAAGGAAAAGUAAUGGGAGUUGAUACAGCAGUGAGAACACUGUACUGGGUGCUUCUGAAAAUCAGGCUCGUACUUGCUAAAAUAGUCCCCGUUCAUGAGAAACAGUUGUUAGCCAGUGUUACUGAAGUGGAAUUUCCCAUCUCUGUCCUGCCACAGCAAUGGCACAAACAUGCCGUAGUUAUGGAUACAAUGCACGUGCUGUCACUGACGGGCUGUUCUGUGGUUCUGGUGGUGUGCCUGUAUAGGUUUAUGCUUCUUUAAAGCACUGAGAAAUUGUUUGGUCUGCCUUUAUCUGUCACUCUUAAAAAUAAUUUUAAAAAGCCAAAGUACUGACUCCUGCAUUUUAUCCAGGUCUAAACCCUUGCUUCUCCAGGAAGUAAGAUCUCUGUAAUUAGCAGGGGGAGGUGAUGUUUACCAGCAGAUGCUGUACUGUUUGUGUAACUUCUAACAAAUUCAUGAUUUACCUGUUGAUGCUGCUUCUGAGCAGACCUGUAGUAUUUGUUGUGAUACUAAGGGCUUAUACUUAAUACCAAAAGCAUGUAAUCCUCAGUUCAUGUAGUCUUGAGCUGUCAGUCUGCUAAACUGUAUUCCUAUUUUGUACCUGCUUAGUAGAUGUAAUUACAGAUUAAAAUGAGAAGAAUGAGAGUCUGCAUGGGGGGAGGCUCUUUGGGCUACCAUCUGGUCUUUAGUGGGAGGCGGCAAUGAAAACAGAAAGCCAGGAUCAGUGUCCUUCUCACGCUGGCCAGCAAGUUCCUAACUUGUUUUUUGUUACCUUUCUGCUAUGAUCAGGUCUGUGUUUACAGGUUUUACUUGUAGUAAGGGCAAGGUCUGUUCAGCUGUGCCUUUGUCACUGGUCCUCUCCUGCCUCUCUGCUGUAAAGUCUCUUCCCCUCUGCGUUGUACAAGCAGUAUACCUGUCUGCGCGUGUGUCGGUACUGCAGUUAACGUAAGCUGAGCUUGACUUUUUGCUGGGAGAGGGGGGAGAAAGAUGGUUAACAAAGAUGUAGUAAUUAGCAUUAUUGUGCUCACGCACCUGAAGUGGGAAACAGUAACUGCAGAGCUUGAGGUGAAUCCUUGGGGAAGAUGAGUGAAGCUGUAACUCCUCCGGUUGCUGCUGUAGAUGGCCUCCCCUGUGAAUUCUUGUUGACACCAGGAGCACACUUUUUGCACUCAGCCUGAAUAAAAAACCAUGCUGUUUACUAAUGA